GCGCGCAGGUAGGGGCCGGGGUUGGGGCGAUGGAGGAGGAGGAGGAGGAUGGAGGCGGCGGAGGAGGGGAGGCGGGGAGGGAGGCUGCGGCAGGAGGGGGCGGGCGGGGGGGCCGGCCGGGGGGGCCGGCGGGCAUUUGGGACCGGCUGCGGGGCAGGCGGGCGGCGGGCGGCGGCCGGAGCGCGGCCGCGAUGGCGCAGCGAGGGGCGGCGGGCGGCGAGGGGGAGCCGGGCACCGGCACCGGGAACGGCACCGGGAACGGGGACGGGACCGGGACCGGGACCGGGACCGGGAACGGGGCCGGGAAUGGGAACGGGAACGGGGCCGGGAGCGGGGCCGCCGCGCCCUUCCAGCCCCCCGAGGGAGGCUUCGGCUGGGUUGUGGUAUUCGCCGCCGCUUGGUGCAACGGCUCCAUCUUCGGCAUCCACAACUCCUUCGGGAUCAUCUACACCAUGCUGCAGAGUGACCUGGGCGAGGGCGAGAACGACCCCGCGCUGGAGUUUAAAACAGCAUGGGUCGGCUCCUUGGCCAUGGGCAUGAUUUUCUUCUGCUCUCCCAUCGUGAGCAUCUUCACCGACCGGAUCGGCUGUAGGACCACGGCUGCCUUGGGAGCUGCCAUUGCCUUCGUCGGGCUCCUCUCCAGCUCCUUCACCAAGUCUCUGGAGGUCCGUUACUUCACCUAUGGCAUCCUCUUCGGCUGUGGCAGCUCCUUUGCUUUCCAGCCCUCGCUGGUCAUCCUUGGCCACUACUUCAAGCGUCGCCUUGGCUUGGCCAACGGCAUCGUGGCCGGCAGCAGCUGCCUCAUCUCCGUGCCGCUGCCCUUCUUCCUGAAGAUGGUGGGGAAGGCCAUUGGGCUAGCUCACACUUUCCAAGUCCUCAGUGCCUUAAUGCUCAUCCAGAUUUUCCUGUCCAUGACGUACCGGCCCGUCCUGCCACCUUCUUGUGACUCUCAGCACGAUGGGCAGGAGAAGCCGGGCAGCCGGAGCCUGCGGCAGCAGUGCUGGUCCCAGAUGCGCAAGUACUUCAACCUGAGGGUCUUCCGGAGAAAGACCUAUCGGAUUUGGGCCUUUGGGAUCGCUACGGCCGUCCUGGGGUAUUUUGUCCCCUACAUGCACCUGGUCAAAUACGUGGAGAAGGAAUUUAAAGAAACCAAAAAGGACUGGAUUCUCCCCGUUUGCCUCGGAGCCAUGUCCGGGCUGGGGCGCUUGGUUUCAGGCCGCAUUGGCGACUGCAUUCCGGGGCUGAAGAAGAUUUACCUGCAGGUGGCAUCCUUCGUGCUCUUCGGCAUCAUGUGCAUGAUGGUCCCGCAGUGCCGAGGGUUCGAGGGCGUCAUCGUCAUCUGCCUCUUCCUCGGCCUCUGCGACGGCUUCUUCACCACCAUCAUGGCCCCCAUCGCCUUUGAGCUGGUGGGGCCCAUGCAGGCGUCCCAGGCCAUCGGGUACCUGAUGGGGCUGAUGGCCGUGCCCAUGACCGCGGGCACACCGAUAGCAGGAUACUUCAAUGAUUAUUUUGGGAAUUAUCACGCAGCCUUUUACUUCGCCGGAGUGCCCCCCAUCAUCGGCGGCUUGGUGCUCUCCGUCGUCCCGCUGGUCCACCAGAGGAUGCUGCAGAAGCAGCGCCUGGAUUCCGGCAAGGACAAGAUGCUGGCCCCCGAGGCGGUGGUGAACGGCGAGCUGCUGCCGGGCUGCCCUGCCUCCGAAGCACACAUCUGACGCGCCGGCAUGCGCGAUCGCCACCAGCAUCCUCCACAAGCCCAAGCACAGGCCCUUUUCUAGCCAGACUGUAAUUCUCAGUGAUUGCAGAUGCACUACGUUUGUAAAGGAAAAAGGAAAAGCUCUUCUAGUUGAGGGCGUUUAACUAGCAGAAACGCUUUUUCUUGGGACAGUUUUGAUUUCAAAGCCACCUUUAUUUUUUUUUCCUCUACCCAUUUUUUCUAAGGAAAACUCUCACCAGGAGUCAAACUUGAUCGACCUCCCGCUCCUUUCCCAGUUUUCUAUACAUCACAACAGAGGUUUACAGCUAAUAAAUGUCUUUUUAAAGCAGGCCACAGCCAGAGCUUGUUGCCCCUUGCAGAGACCCAUCCCCUCCCCUCCCCCUUUGGUGCGCCAGGUCCAGAGGCUGUGCCAGAUCCAGCAGCUCCAGAGGAGGAACACAAAACCAGACUAAUGGCCAGCAAGCCGUGCUUUCAGCUUUUUCUCCCCUCCUUUUCCACUGCCCUCCCUGAGAGCUGUGGCUGUGUGUGCUCACGGGGACAGGAGCAUCCUGCAAAAUCUGCCUUAAAAUCACGGGAGGAGACCCAUCGGUGCCUUGGGCACCUCUCGCCUCCACUCCUGUAUCUGGUGCCUGAGGUCUGGGCCAUCCGGGCAGCUCCAAGCAGCAAAACCUUCGGGCUAGAUGGAGAGAUGGAGGAAGCACACAGGGCCAGGAUUAACUCGGGUGAGAGCAAGGACCGAAGGUAGCUUCCACCUCGGCUGCGUCAGAUUUUCCUCCCCAUCACCCGCCGUUAAAAACGAGAGCCUUGUACGUAGCUCUGCACCCCGCAUGCCCCUCUGACCCUUCUGUUUUUUAAAUCUGCGCUGGCUAAUGCCUUGUAAGGUCUCGUGGUCUGUACUUCUGUUACUGCUGUCCCUGUACGAGCUGGAGAAUAUACUGGUGUGUUGUGAGGUGUCUGUUCAACCUGCCCUUUCUUCAGCACGCAUUCCCGGGACGUCUCCUACCUGUUCUUUCCCACAGGGCAUCCCUGCCGCAUCUCUGCUGUCCUGCCCAUGUUUUAGGAAGCCCACAUAUGUGUGCCAGCGGGAUCCAAGGUGCCCAUGGCCCUGGGUCCCUGGGUCCCCCGAUGCUCCUCCACAGGCAGCUGGAGGAAGGCAGCCACUGCCUUGUGGCUCCUUGUGCAAGCCUGGGGGUCUGCAGUCACAGCUGAAGCUGAUGAAGCUCUUCAAAUUGUAUUUUUGACCUUAGUGCCCUAUGAGAAGGGCUUAUGGGGGGAUUAAAUGAAAGAAAUAUCUUCUGCAGCCCAGCCAUAAGAGAAGCAGCACUGCCCCAAACCCAGCCCAUGCCCGUGCUGCUAGGCAGAGCCCCCGAUGACUGCACCCACUGGGUGAAUGGUUUCACAGCCAACUUUGUGGCUGUAAAACCUCUCUAGCUCAUAAAGCGAUUUAACAGCUUAAAUCCCCACAUUUUGCUGAUUUCCACCUGCCCUAAACCCCCAGCCUGCCCACAGAGGUCUCUGCCCUGGGAGGAGCCUGCGCUCGGGGCCGUAGCACUGCACCACUGGAUCAGCCGACAGCCAGGAGGGAUGGAGGUGCCUACAGAGCCCUGCCUCACUCGACACCCCCAAUAUUUUUUUAUUUUUUAUUUUUCCCCUGGAGGAGCCUCUUAUCAUUGAGGGCACUUAGAGGUGCGUUCAUGGGCUGCCCGGGUUCGGUGGAAGGGGUACAGCCCACAUCACAGCCUGUUAACAGCCUCCCAAACCUGCUGGCAUCGUUGCUGUCCGGUCAAGGUCGUGCUCUUGGUCAUCACAAGCCCUUGGCCAACAGGAGGCCAGCCUCUGCCACAGGAAAGGCGAUGCAAGGCUCACCCCAUGCUCUGCCUGCGUGCAUGGCUGGAAGGGCAAAGGUUGGAGCAGUCAUCGGGAGGUGGGCAUAGGAGGCCAAGCAGGAAAGCAGGGUUGCAUAGGAAAAAAAAAAAA